AUGGCUUCUCUCAAUAGCACAAUCGUCCCUAUUACCGGCGCCAACCAGGGUCUAGGCUUUGCGGUCGCCAAAAAGCUAGCCACCGAUCACCCGGGAUACCAUGUGCUCAUGGGCUACCGCGAUGCUACUAAGGGCGAAGAGGCCAUUGCCAAGCUAAAAAGCCGAGGACUGACCGUCGAGGGAGUGAUGAUCGACGUGACCGACGACACCUCCAUGUAGAGGGCCGCCGAACAGGCUUCAGCCCAGUUCGGUCGGCUAGACGUCCUCAUCAACAACGCCGGAGUGAUCUCCGAGGGACGCUCACCCGAAGGCACCUCCCUCCGCCAUACCUGGCAGACUGGCUUCGACAUCAACAUCACGGCCCACGUCAUCACUCCAGAAGCCUUUGUGCCGCUCUUGGAGAAGGCCGCUCUGCCGCUAGUGGUCUUUGUGUCCUCAGCUCUAGGAUCAUGUCCUGGCCGGUUGGACCCCAACGACCAAUUUGCUGCCUUCCGAUUCCCCGCCUACCGCAGCACCAAGGUGGCGCUCAACAUGGGGCCUAAGGGGUGGAAAGUCAAUGCGAGCGACCCGGGAAAUUAUGCGACCAAUUUCAACGGCUUCCGUGGCUCGGGGUCCCCGUUGAGUGGUGCGCUGCAAACGGUUCGUCUCGCGAGCUUGGAUAAGGAUGGACCAACUGGUAUAUUUAGCAACACCGAUGGGCCGCUGGGGUGGCAGAAUCGCUGUGUAUCAAUCUAG